AGAGGCGAACAACCGAAGCGCCAAGACUAUCCUUUUGGUAGCCAUGGCAGCCUCUGCCGUGUUCUCUCCUCCCUCCCUCUUCGCCACUGCCACCUCCACCAGCUCCAGGUCUUCUUCCUGUCAGUUGGGUUCUCUGUGCUCACAAUUCAGAGGCAUCAAGAUUUCUUCCGCGCCCUGUCGUGCUCUCCCCAUUUCUUCUCUAUCCUCUGCUGCAACUUGCCUGCCCAUCGUUGCCCGUCGUGUAUGCCCAUUUACAGGCAAAAAGGCAAACCGUGCCAAUAAAGUCUCCUUCUCAAAUCACAAGACAAAGAAAUUGCAGUUUGUAAAUUUGCAGUACAAGAAAGUGUGGUGGGAAGCUGGGAAGAGGUACUUGAAAUUGAGGUUGUCCACGAAAGCAUUGAAGACCAUCGAGAAGAAAGGCUUAGAUGCUGUGGCUAAAGAAGCUGGCAUCGACCUCAGGAAAAAAUGAUGAUUUUGUAGUUGCGAAGCCCGGGCUGUGAGGCUGGGCAGGACGAUCGUCUGUGCAGAUCUUGGUCAAGUCUAUGUGAGGGCAUCUUGCUGAAACUUUCAAAUUUUUGAGAACUCCGGUACACUUCUAUGAGACUCUAUCUCCAGUCUUGUCUCAGAGUAAGAAGAAUAUCCUACAAGAUCUACUUGCCAAAGUGUCUGACAAAUUAAAAGUUGAUGAAAUUCUCCCUCUUUGAGCUC